AUGUCUGAUCUCCGCUCGUCCUUUCGCUACGGCCUUCCACACCGGUUCUGGCCUUCUGCAAGUGAGACUGGCAUCGUGCCAACACGGCAUGAGCAACACCAACGUUCAGCACGGCAGAGGGAGCAGGUGCAGCUUCGAACACUACUGGGCUCCAUCCGCUCAGGGCCGCGACCGAAGGAGGCACCGGCGCCGGUGGCGGUGGAGGGCUGGAGGAACUUCCCAGGGCUUCCGGUCGGGCCACGCUUGGAGCAGCGGGAGGCGAAGGUCCGAGAGCCUUCGAUGCGGGAAGCAGCUCAGCAACUGUCGUUUGGUUGGAGAUCCAGAUAUCACCAGGAUCCCAUUUCGGCUCCAAAACGACCCCAGAGUGCCAACCAAAAAGCACCGUCCACCUCCAGGUUUGCCAAGAUGUUUGAUCCGAAGCAGCUGCCGGCUGACUUUCGACAGCAACUUUGCAAUCUUCCAAGACCUAUCGCUGCGCGAGCUUUCAAGCACCAUCUCUGUAUCACUGGAGUGGAAGGUGAGUUGAGCGAAGAUCUUGGCGAAGCACCGCAAACCCCACCAAAUACCCCGUCUCACGUGGAGCCUCCCGAAGCUGUUCGACGAAGUGGCAAGAAACGACCUUCGGAAGGAAAACCAGAGGGGUCGCCAUCGGCUUCACCCUCUUGGAUACAGCGCCACAUGCGGAUUCCGAGCUUAACAUCUGAGAUUUCUGAGGCCUCAGCAGUUGAGACAAGAAGAUCUAGCACAGUGAUGCAGGAGGAGGAAAUUCCAGGCUACCUGGUAGAGAUGCAGGAGGAGGAAAUUCCAGGCUACCUGGUAGAGAUGCAGGAGGAGGAAAUUCCAGGUGGCGAAGAAAGCUCCAGUUCCGCCGCCGACGCCGACGCCGACGCCAGCCCCUCUGGUCCCUCCGCGUUCGCCGCGGCAGCCGAGACCUCUGAGUACGAGGUGCUGCAGCGUCAUCAAGCGCCGCCCAAGGUGCAUUGGUUGGAGCAACAGGAGCUUCGGAUUCGGCAACAGCUUCGGCACAGCUGUUUCGACUGGUCCGAGCGGAUGGAACGGAUGCCACGACAAGCCGGAUGGCUAAGACACCAGUACCCCUUCACAGCAGUCCAAGUCGCCAAUGCUUGUGGCACCGACGCGACCGACGAGCGCUGGGUGCAGAAUGCGGAGCAUGCUGUUUCUUUCGCUGAGAAACCCCAGGCGCACCAGCCAACAGCUUCUCCAUCUUUGCAGGUCGCUGCUUCUGUCUCAGCGGGUCUGGCAGCGUUGCGACCGCGACGGAGGUACAGAUGGAGAACCUGCCGACCAGCUGCCAACCAGAAGGCAGUGUAUGACUUCAUAGAGGAAGCAGGAGUCGGCAGCUAUCAGAUUGAACAGGUCUUGCUAGUGGCUUGCUUCUUUUUCAGCGAAGCCGCUGAGUUGGAUGUGAUCUCGCCCUUGACCACAGCCUGGCGCCUGGAAUGGGCGCUGGUCACGGACCAGGUGGCGUUGCUUGCUUCCGUCGGAUAUCUUGGCUUUGCGGCCGGAACACUCCUGGCUGGUAUCCUGGGAGACAACUUCGGGCGUCGAGUACCAAUUCUCUUGGGCUAUUUGGGUGUGAUGGCAGGGUCCUUCGGGAUGUGGAGUGCUCCAUCACCUUUAGUUGUCGGUGUGUUCCGUGCACUCACGGGGUUCUCAGUCGGGAUCGGGGUUCCUGCUUCCUUGACGACCAUCGCAGAGAUUGCCCCUGCCAAAAGCCGCGCCAUGCUGAUCAGUGUUUGUUAUGCUGCCCUUGCGCUUGGAGGUCUCUAUGCAGACCUGGGUCUUUACUUUUUCUUGCCAGACCUCAAAUCAGGGGAUUGGAGAAGUUUGUGCUUGUGGUCUGCGGUCCCAGCAGCCAUUGCAUUUCCCAUUGCACUCUUCGAGCUGGAGGAUACACCCAUCUUUCACUUGCUGAAGGGUGAUACAGAAAAUGUGAAGAGGGUCCUGUCCAAGAUGGCGGAACGUAAUGAUCGCAAGGUCCAGUGGACUCUCCCACCAGCUCCCGCACGAACGAGCGCUGCCGACACUGCGGACGUGUUGGCACUCUUCAAGAGCUCUGCAGUUCCACUGCUGGGCUGUGCGAUGUUGGACUUUGCCUACAACUUCACGGGCUUUGGCUGCGGCUAUUUCUUUCCACUGUUCAUCUCCGAACUUGCAGAAGGUGCGCCCAUACCACCAGUGGGCGAGUUGGUCUUGGCCAACUUGGUGGCUUUUCCAGCCUUCUACCUGUCCACGCAGGUGUUGAACUUGGACUUUGGCUACAAAAAGAUUCUGGUGGGCAUCGGCUUGAUCGAAAUUUGUGCCUGUCUUUGCUUGAUGCAAGCAGGGGUGCCUGUCCUGGAGAUCCUAGGGAUUUUCAUCUUGAAGCUGAUGAUGGUGUCCUUUUCCCAGACGGUGAAUGUUGUGAAGUCAGAGACCUUCCCCUCCAAGAUCCGUGUGUCGGCUCUGUCGGUUUCUGGCACCUGCGGUCGGAUGGGUGCCUUAUUGGCCCCGGCCCUGAUCGAGGAGACUCGCGGGGCCCCAAACAGCCCAGAAGAAUUCCGCGUCUUUCUCUCCAUCUUAGUUGCCGUUCUGGUGAUUGCUGCCAGCGUGGGGGUCUCGCUUCUGCCCGAAAGCAAGGGGAAAUCCCUGGCGUGA